CCGGCAGCGGGUGCGGGCUCCGCGGGCACGGCGCCCCCCGGACAGCGCCCAGACUCGCAGUAACGGCCGCCUGGCUGAGGUAACGGCGCCUGUCCCUCAGGCCGCAGCCCCUGCGGCCGCCCCGGGGAGGUGGAAGGGAGCUCCGAGGCCCUGUUUCAGCCCGAGGUGCGAAUGCUCAGGCGUUAACCUGCUCGGGCCACCCUGCAAGACACCCACCCUUUAGAUAUUUGAUCUGGUGGACUCGGAUGUCUCGCACAAACUGCUGCACAGCGUAAUCCUUCAGGUAGCCGUAGCCCCCGUGCAUCUGUAGAGCCUGGUUACAGAUCUAAGGAGACAGCAUUGCUGCUGAAGUGUCUUGUGUGGUGUGCAGGACAAGUCAGUGACAGAAGCUCGCAGGUGCUUCUCAGUGAAGAGAGGAUAAUUCAGUGACCAGAGAUGCCUUGGCCAAGCAGAAAGAGGGACAAAGGAGCAGUAGCAGAUAAAAAAGAGCCUGAUGCUAAAAUUGCCAAAACUGAGGCGGAGAGUCCAGAUAAGGAGGAAGAAGAGAAGUCCACAAAAGCUCCAGCUGGGAGUUCUAAGUCAGGAUGGAAGAACUGGAAGAAGACAAAAGAAUCUGACUCCGGUGGGGAGGAAAGCAAGAUAACAUACUGUCACUGGCUUCUGAAAUCAGAACCAGAGAGCAGGCUCGAGAAGGGAGUGGAUGUGAAAUUCAGCAUUGACGACUUGAAAGCUCAGCCCAAUCAGACAACCUUUUGGGAUGGAGUAAGAAACUACCAGGCAAGGAAUUUCCUGAGGGCCAUGAAACUUGGGCAGCAGGCCUUCUUCUACCACAGUAACUGUAAAGAGCCUGGCAUUGUUGGCAUCGUCAAGAUCGUAAAGGAGGCAUACCCUGAUCACACACAGUUUGAUCAGAAGGAUCCUCAUUAUGAUUCCACCAGCAGAAAAGAGAACCCCAAAUGGUCCAUGGUGGACGUCCAGUUUGUGCGGAUGACAAAACGUUUCAUCCCCCUCUCUGAAAUCAAGGCUCACCACCUGGCACACAAAGCAGAUGGAGGGCCCCUAAAGAACAUGAUGCUCUUCACAAGACAACGUCUUUCCAUCCAACCCCUGACACAAGAGGAAUUUGAUUUUGUCUUGAGCCUGGAAGAGGAAAAGCCACAUUAAGAAACUGACAGCAGCACAGCUUCUGCCCAGCCCGCUGAUGCCUCCUCCUCAACCAGCCUCAUUCUCCAGUUCACUUGCUCAAUGGCAGCAACAAGAACAUGCCUGCACAGGAUUUGCAGCUACACGCCCCUCGUUCUGACACACUGUUACUUUUGCUUAUUUUUAAAUAAAGCCCUUUAGAAUCAA